GAAAGCAAAUGAAGAUUAUAAUUCAUAAGAAGGAUUUUUUUCCGCCAAAAGUAAACCUCUGUUCCCGCCAUAAUAUGCCUCUUAUAUAUCUAACUAUGGCCAAAAUUUUCUCAGAUCUAAUACUACUAUAACGCAAUGGACAUCGACCACCGGAAGCGGAAACGUGCCUCUGCGACACUCACCCAAAGCAGAGCGCAGCUUCACCGGAACCGCUCCGGUCAACUCCGGUUUGAUCUUGUCCCGAGUGAUGAGGAACCCCACGCAGUACCCUUUCCCUUUCAUCGAACCAAUAGCAAGAAACCCAAGCGUGAGCACGACGAGCCUCUUCGCAUUCUGAUGAAGGACCUUCGCGCCAGGCGUGUCUAUUCGCCUCCGCAGUCCACCAACUCCAGUUUGAUCAAAGGCGCGUUUCUCAAGUGGACUGCCGACGAUUCCGAUUGUACGGAUGUGAAACUUGCCGAAGGUCCCGAUAUGGGGCUUUCUCGUGAGGCUCGGAGCUUCGAUCUAGGGAACGCUGAAUCCUUAGAAGAGAACAGAAAAUUGCAAGAUUGCAAGGGAAAUAACGACGGAUAUUGUCCAGAGAAAAUUGAUGGUUUGGAUGGAAAAGCGUUACCAACGACACUACCUGAUUCUGAGUUAUGUGGGAUCUCUAUGCAGGUUCUCAGACCACGUUUCCAGGGAAAGUUGUUCAAGAUCCCGGGUUCUGCCAAUUACAGAAGGUUAUGUACAUUUCUUAGAGAUGGCGUGAGAGAAGACUCUGGUACACCAAAAUUGGGUUUUGGCCAGAAAAAUGAGGGCGGAGAAAAGGAGAAACAACAUCCUUUUUCGUCUCAAAAUCAAGAGGCUUCUAAAGAAGAACUCAAGACCGACGGUUGCAUCACGCAUGAGGGAAAAUGUUUGAGUGAAGCGAAGGUGGAUUCCACUGCAGAUAAUGGUGUUAACGGUUUUAGAAGUGAUUUACCCAAAGAUGGCCUUAAUCAAUUGUCUAGCCACACGAAUGAGGUUAAUGCCAAACCCAUGGAUUUCACCAGAAGCACCCAAGGGCAUGCUGGUGAACUGUUUUCUUUUAAACCUGGCAAGGGGAAGGAUUUCCUCAAGAGUAAAUCAGUGCCCAGACAGAACUUGCACAAGAAACUUUUUAUAACCCCAGGUGGUGUCAGCUAUAAAAGGUUGCUUCCAUUUCUAAUGAAUCUUACCAAAGAUUACUCUGAUACAUCCAAAUUUGAUCAUCAGACUCAUAUUCAAGAUGAAAAGGAAGACGUGGAUUCAAAGAGGUUUCAACAUACUUUGUCAUCUCAAACUGAAGAAGCUUCUAUAGUUGAACACAAGACAGACAGCAGUCCCAUGCAUGGUGCAGUUGAAUCCAAUGGAGUGGAAAACUGUGUAUUAGUUUAUACUUCUAAUGAGUUAUCUCAUGCCAAGCGACCAAUAUUGACACCUUCUCAAGACUUGCCUGAAUUGCCAAUCCAAUGGGACUCAAAAGAAGGGGUAUGUGACGGUCUAUCUGCUCCCUCUGUCAACGAACUUAUGGAAAAAAUUGUUAAAGACGAUGAGUGCUUGACUGCUUCAGAACUUAAUCCAUGUUCAGUAAUGGAGGUUGAUUUUCACUCUGCUAAGAUAGUUGCAAAUGUUGCGCAAAAUGAGGAUCGCCAGGAAUCCAGACGACCCAAGAGUGAGUCACCACUCAACGAUCAAAUUGGACUUUUUGUCAACAGUGAUGUCUCUGAGCUUACAUUAGUGCAUCAUUCAAAUAGAGAAAAAGGAUUCACUAUCGGUUAUGAGGAAAACAAGCAGUCUGUGAAUCUGGAUGAGUGUGAAUCUGUUGAUGAGAACGUCAGAAAUCACGUCCGCGUUUCAAAUGAUUUACCCCGAUCACUAUCUGAGAAGAUUAUCUCAGGCAAAUUUGACAUGGGAGGACACAGUGGUGACAAAGUUGGAAGAAUGCGGAAUGAAAUAGUUAUAUGUUCAACGAUGCCUUCAGAAGGUAGUAAUAACAAUGCUAGAGAAAUAAAAAAUGAGUUUGAAUCCAAGAUCACAUCGGUUCUUAGACGUUGUCUGCAGUUUAAUUUGUGGAAACAUGCCGGAUCUUUAAACUGCAAAAGACUGUUUCCAUUUUUAUUGAAUAGUAAUUCUGGUACUCAGCAUCAAAUAGGAUUAAAAAAUGAUAGUUCAACCCAAAAAUUUCAAAUUCCUGAAUUUCAGUCAUCUCGUGAUUCAUGGGAAGUGACUCAACUGCAAGAUGAACAGGUUGCAUCAAAUGGUCUCUGCAAGACCGAGAGUUCUACUGAUCCAUCAAUUUCUGAUCAUGAAAUAGAAUUGCCUGUCAUAACCAAAGAAAAAACUACACCUCCCUUGUCCAAGACAUCAAUUUUCUCCGAAAUUAGAGGAACUAGUUCUUUUCUGAUAUCUGCUGGGAAACAACCUGAGACACACAAAUGUGGUCAGAGUUUGUCUCAACUGAAAGUCGUAGGACAACUUGGAGACCCUGCAGUUGGUUUAAGAAAAGGAAUUUUAAAAAGAAAUCCAAGGGGAUGCCGAGGACUUUGCACAUGUUUGAACUGUGUUUCUUUUCGUCUUCAUGCAGAAAGAGCAUUUGAAUUUUCUAAAAAUCAAUUGCUAGAAGCCGAAGAGGUUGCCCAUGACCUUAUGAAGGAAUUAUCUCUUCUUAGAAAUAUGUUAGAAAAAUCAGCUGAUACUGUCAACAUCAAUCCUGUUUUCGAUGGAAGCCAGGUUAGAGAAGCUUGCAGGAAAGCAUUUGCAGCGGAAAAAACUGCGAAGGACCGUCUUAAUCAGAUGCAAGAUGAUCUUAACACCCAUAGCAGAAUAACAAGCUUGAAGGCACCAAGGGUGACGUUUGCUCUUAAUGUUGAAGAAAAAAUCAUUCCACCGGGGCGGUAAUUGUCCAACCAUAUUGAUGUUUUGAAACUGGAAGAGUGUCAGAGAAAAGCUCGAGGAGAAGAGCAUUACUUAUUUAUUUUCGUAAUUUGUUACUGUAAAUACGAAUUUAUUAACGUUUUAGCAUGCCCUAUUUCUUUUAUUUAUUGAACUUAAAAAGUCAUCAAAUUAAUGAUUGUAAAACUUCUA